CCGGGGAUGACAGCAAACUACCGUCGUCCCUGGUGGAACGACACUUGGGAAAAGGAUGGUCAUGGUGAUUUUAAGUAUUGUGUAUUAUUUAUUUGGAUUGAAAGUAGUCAGUGGUUAUUAAUGUCUGGGAAAAGAAAGAAGGCAAGGUUUGGAAUGAAUUGUUGGAAUCUAUUUGACACUUAGACAUGUGGGUUUGUCGUGUUGAUUCUCUCAAGAUGACGGGAGGAAAUACUGAUCCCGCAAAUAGUAAUGCAGGGGAUCGUCGCAACGAUAUUCUGGAACUCGCACGAGCCAUUCGUGAGGCUGAUAAUCAGAAGGCACAAUUGCCGAAGGUUAAAGUUCCCCCCUUCGAUGACACCAAUGCCUCAGCAUGGGCGAACAAGUUUGAACAAUUGGGCAGUUGUUGCGAAUGGUCGAGUGAGAAGAUGCUUCAAAUGGUGAAGCGAUAUUGUAUGGUCAAGUACAAAGAGGAGGUGUCGGAGUUGGUGCAAGCUUCGCGCGACUGGCCGGACUUUAAGGCCAAAUUAUUGGACAAGUACCAAUUGGGGGAUCAACAGCUCGAUCUGGCGGACUUACGGAAGGUUAGUCGUCCGAAGUUUAGUACGGCCAAGCAGUUUCUUAUGGAGUUUGAGCGGGUUGCGCGCUUAGUGCCUGACCUUCCAGAUAAGGAUCGGUGCCUCAUCUUCCUCGAAAAAUUUUCGGAAGUUGAGCAGCGAGAACUGAUGAAGGAUAUGACUGGGCGAUACGACUGGCCGAAGAUAAAGGAAAAUCUGUUGGUCGGAAGUUUCGACCAAAUGCUUUACCGUCUCCUGAAGCAGCAAAAGGAGGACCGUAAUAAUGAAGGGGUAAGCGCGGACAAGGAUCAAGCCGUUUACAAGACCCUAACUGACAUGCGGAACAUGAUGGCAGACAUGAAGGAGGAAAGGCUAAAGCUACAGGAGGCCGAGGCCGAGGUCGAGGUAGAGGACAAGGCACUGGGGGAGGCCGAGGAAAUGGGGGCGGCCGAGGUAAUUGGCAGAAUUGGUUUUGCAAGUAUUGUAGCCAAGAUGGACAUGGGAUACGGUUUUGUCAGACCGUUACCAAAGAUGAAUAUCCGAGGCGAGGUCUACGACUUCGAAGGGAAUCUCAUCGAUCCCAAUGUGGAGGGAGGAAUCAGAAAGGAAGUUUUUCGACAUAUUGGGCGAGAUUUUCCAGCAACUUUUCGACUGGCUUCUCCGGAAGAGGUCGAACAGAUUGAGUUGGACGCGACGAUGGAGUCACUGACAAUUAAGGAUACCAAGGCCAGAAAUGAAGGCCCCACAGCAUUGGGUGGAGUUCUCAUCCAAAAGGAUGGAGAAGGGCGAGAAAGGCCAUUGAGAUUUGAAAGUCGAACGCUGAAUGAGGCGGAACAAAAGUAUUCCCAAUUUAAGAAGGAAACCCUUGCAGUGCUUCAUUGCUUAAGGAUCUUCCGAAACUACCUGUUUGGAAGACGGUUCGUCCUGCGGGUUGAUCCGACCGCCCUGGCGCAGUCAUUGAACAAUUAUUCUCCCUCGGAUCCAACUAUUGCUCGAUGGUUGAUCUAUAUCUGGAUGUUCGAUUUCGAGAUCGAGCGUAUUGCGGGAACACAAAAUCGAGCCGACGGAUUGAGUCGGAUCGAGUGGGACUCCUCGAAAGAUCAGGCAGAAGACUCGGUCCCUGUGGAUGGGUUUCUGGAGACGGACGAGCAACAACUGAGUAUCAAUGUUUGGGAAUACAUCAGUAAUGCGUCGUCCCGACCUGGGAAGUCUAUCAGAAAUUCGCUGAGUUCUUAUCAAAAGUGUGCAGAGCUGGUGAUGAGGGAAUCCUUUAUUGAGGAGGAUCCUUGCGGCAAACGAUCUGCUGAGCAAAUGAUGAGGUUGGCAUUGUCGGAUCCGGUACGACUGUUAGAAGAGCCACUUACGAUUGACGGAGGACAUGAGCAAGGCGACGAAGUCCUCAGGACCUCCGGGGGAAUGGUAUUUCUCGUCAAUUCGUUAAUACAGGAGGAUCGCGGCAGGUUAAUGUUGGAAGAAGGGGAAGACAGUGAGAUCAAAGAAGCCUUUCGCGAGGAAGAAUAUGAUGGGAUCUAUAAGAAGAUUGGGCUUUGGCUGAAUGGGGAUUUAAACGAGGCUGAGAUAGAGCUAGAAAUAAGAAGGAAGGCAAAGGACUUUGUCAUUCGAUAGGGCAUUUUUUCAAGAAGUCUGACGAUGGAAUGCCUAAGAGAGUGGUGUGUGGGGUUCCCAGAUAUGUGAUUGCGGCCCUACAUGAU